UUCCGUUCGGUCCCCCGAUGAAAAGAGGGAACAGCCUCUUACAGUUUCCAGCCAUGAAAAGAACAACGCUGAGUUUGAUCGAUGUGCUGAAGGUUUCUGGAUACGAAAAGACGCCACCGCGUCCGGUACCAGUUGGGAACAUGCCGCCACCGCGUCCGGUACCAGUUGGGACCAUGCCGCCACCUCCUGCGAUAUUCGCUCCAUUCCUGAACACGGGGGAAGACACCCGACUAGCGACGACCGGUCGAGCUUCGAGUGUCCACGUCAUUCCGAUUACCGUGGAACCUGGCGCUUCCGCCAUGGACCGAUCCGGCCACGGGACUGUGGAAACGCAUACUCUAGCAAGCACGAUGCCCGACACCUCGUCCAGCACGGCGUGCGAAACCCCGGCGCCGUCCGGCGUCCCGAAAGGCACCAAAUUACCUGGCCCCACGCGAAGACGCCCCACCUUGCCUCUGGGGACCAAGACCAAGGCUGCAUAUAUGGAAGGGCAACCCGGGUCAAGAGGACUCGAAGCAAUGAUUCAGUUCUGCGCCUGCACACUGGUCCUCCUGGUUGUGCUCCUCCUCCUCUGGUUCAUAUUUUUCAACUAUUCUGAAGAGCCACAUCGCUUCUACGCUGAAACAGGCGGAGCUACUGAGGCUGCCGAGCCCACGCCGAAGCCGAACUCCACUCACCGACCUCCAACGCCCGCCGAAGGUCAUGCAGGCGCCCCGUGCAACGACUAUGCUCCUUGUCUCGGAGAGUCCCACUGCGUGGAAGGCGUCUGCAGGUGCAAGGGUCCCGGCACGCGAGUCGUCAAAGGCGUCUGCGUUUCUGUCACCAAGCCGGUGACGAAGAAGACGCCUAGGCGCAAGAGCCUAACCGGUACAACGGACUUCGGAACAGCGACCCGGCCCCCUGUCGCUCGGUUUACGUUGGUGUCUGUCGUCCGCUUGGACGCUACUUCUACGAGUACAACCACCGAGACCACGCCAGGGACUCGCGGGAAGAACCCGGGUCAGAACAGGACCGAGGUCGGCGGGACGGUUCGCGACGACGAGGACUCGCGUGAAACACCGGCCUCGAACGGCAUAGCCAAGAGAGAGGAUGAGGAGGUGGAAGAGCCUCAAGCACCGCCGGAAUAAA